AUGGCCAAGCGGAAGAGAAACGAUCCUCCCAAGGAGGCAGUCCCCGCUCAAUCCCCUGCUAAGACUGUCAAGUCCGCACCUACACCAUCAGCAACCCCAGAUGCAGCUUUGACCGUCCAAGUGAUCACCGGUUCUUAUGAACGGGUGUUGCACGGUUUCACUGCGGGCAUCCCCGCAUCUGCCCUCCAGUCGAAGAAGGAAACCUCGAAAGAAUCCAAAUCUGAGAUCCAAUGCGUUGAUACCUUUUUGUUCGAAGCACAUGGUUCUGCCAUUCGCUGUCUUGCCCUCUCACCACUUCCCAAGGCUACCGACAAAGCCGCAGCGCAAAAUGUUAUCCUGGCCAGCGGUUCUACCGACGAGCGUAUUAAUCUUUACUCCGUCUCUGCCGCUCCACCUGCCGUGAACGAAGACUAUCCUACAGUGCCGACUUUAGCCGGAAAUAAGAUUCUUGAAAACCCGAGAAACCGCGAGUUGGGAGCUCUCCUGCACCAUUCCGCCAGCAUUUCGGCCUUGAACUUCCCCUCAAGAAGCAAGCUGCUUGCUGCUGGUGAAGAUAACAAUAUCUCCGUAUCAAAGACACGUGAUUGGAGUGUCGUCUCAACCAUUAAAGCGCCGCGGCCUAAGGUCUAUGGUCGACCCAGUGGUGACACAGCACCGGAAGGUGGCGCUCCGGCUGGAGUGAAUCAUUUCGCAGUGCACCCAAGUAUGAAGCUUAUGUUGAGUGUUGGAAAAGGAGAGAAAUGUAUGAGACUCUGGAAUUUGGUGACAGGAAAGAAAGCCGGUGUGCUGAACUUUGAUCGAGAGCUAUUGCAGAGUGUCAAGGAAGGCAAAUGGAGCAAGGGAGAAGGUCAACGCAUCGCAUGGAAUGCUGCUGGUGAGGAGUUUGCUGUGGCUUUUGAAUGGGGUGUCGUGGUGUUUGGAAUUGAUUCGACUCCCAAAUGCCGAGUUGUCCCCAAUCCACGAAGCAAGGUUCAUCAGAUGAAGUAUGUUUCGCGGCCUACACAAGGAGAUGAGAAGGAAGAUCUACUGGCUGUUUCCACUGAAGAUGGCCGAGUCAUUUUCUAUUCGACUGGCGAUUUACAGGAAGUCGAGGAGGACGCUGAUUCAACCAUUCCUCAUGCCACCGCAGUCGCUCAAGUCGGUGGAAAGCAAGCCGGCCUCCCGGGCCGUAUCAAGGACUUUGAAGUCCUGAGUCUCCAAGAUCAACCUAAACAACUUCGCGAUGGAAUCUUGGUUGUGACUGCCAACAGUGAUGGAGUGGUCCGCAUUUGGAGAGUCUCCAGCAAAGAACUCGCUUCAGCCAAAAAGGCCAAGGAGAGCACUCCCCAAGUGGGCGCUCUGUUGACCACAUAUGAGACCGGAAACCGCGUCACCUGUCUGGCAUCGUUUGUUAUGCUGCCGGCGGAGGAUCCAGAUACGCUGAUCGACUCUGAGGAUGACGAUGAAGCGGAGGGAGAUAGUGACGAUAGUGAUGAGAGUGAUGACGAGUAA